CCGCAGCGCCGGGCCCAGGCUGCGGUUCCCCAGCCGGUUCCCCAGCGGCAACCGCCGCCCGUCCCCGCAGUACCGAGCCCUUCCCCCGCCCCUCUUGCCCCGGUAGCGGAAGCAGGUCUCUCCCCGCCGGUGCCGCCAUAUUGGGCUCUGUGGAAGCGGGGGGCGGAGCGGAAGGAAGGACCCGGCUCGGCCGUCUAAACUGAGGUGACAGGAGGGUGUUGCUGCAGUUCAUAUCUCAAUGCUUACAUGUUAUAACUCAGCUCCUGUCUUACCAAGCAACCAUGUCAGAAGGGGACAGCAUUGGCGAGUCUGUUCAUGGAAAACCUUCUGUGGUCUAUAGAUUUUUCUCAAGACUGGGACAGAUCUACCAGUCCUGGUUAGACAAAUCUACUCCAUACACUGCGGUGCGAUGGAUUGUAACUUUGGGUCUGAGUUUUAUCUACAUGAUUAGAGUUUAUUUACUGCAGGGUUGGUACAUUGUGACAUAUGCCUUGGGAAUCUAUCAUCUAAACCUCUUCAUAGCUUUCUUGUCGCCAAAGGUAGACCCCUCUUUAAUGGAGGAUUCAGAUGAUGGUCCUUCCUUACCUACAAGGCAAAAUGAAGAAUUUCGUCCUUUCAUUAGAAGGCUCCCAGAGUUUAAAUUCUGGCACUCUGCCACUAAAGGAAUCCUGGUUGCUAUGGCCUGCACAUUCUUUGAGGCUUUCAACGUUCCUGUUUUUUGGCCAAUCCUUGUGAUGUACUUUAUUAUGCUCUUUUGUAUCACUAUGAAGAGGCAGAUCAAGCACAUGAUCAAGUACAGAUAUAUCCCCUUCACACAUGGCAAGAGGAAAUACAAAGGGAAAGAAGAUGUGGGGAAGACCUUUGCCAGCUAGGAGAUGCAAUCAACCUGUUGACCAAUUCUGCUUCUAACUAAAGGAACGAUUUUGAGCCAUUGUAACAAUGCCUUUUUUCUUCAUAAAAAGUGAUUAACAGAGUGGUGACAAAGCAGUUGAAUUUUCAUUUUGAGAGGACCUUGCUAUUUUUAUCUGAAAUAUCAGUUUCUUGAAGAAACUGGCAUUCUAACCAAAUUGCAUUGAGUUUAGUACCUUUUGUAAGAAGUUGCAGAAACUUUGGGUAAUCCCAUAGAUUUGGGAUUAUGUAUUUCUUUUGAGAUCCUUUGCAGUAGAGAGAUGAACGGCUGAAGAGUUGGAUAUUUUUACAUAAAUCCCCUGCCCACUACCACCCUGAAGUGCUGUGCACAUUUGUGAAGGAGAAGUGAAAGAUGGCACACAUGAUGCUGUUUUCUGCUUCAUGGCCACGUGCUAUUUUCAUAGAAAAAUUCAGUAGACAUAAAGAGAUGCAGAUCUUAAGCCAGUUUCCCAAAUGCAUGGUAUUACUGAGUCGUAACCAAACAAAUCUAGAUAGUAGUAAGAAAUCUACUAAAUUCUGGGUUUUGCUUCUGAAGUAACUCAUUUGUGUUGGGUUUUAAUGCCAGUUUCACCAUGACGUCUCUGAGCAGAUGCUAAAAUUGGGCUCUUUCAUGAUGACUCAAAACUUUGUUCAAACUCUACCACAAUCUCCUUUGAGGACCUGAAAUUAUAAAUAUAUAUAUUUUAAUUGUUA